GGCUCAGGUCACAGUAAAAAGGUCAUCGACUGUUUAUAAAGAUACACACUUCCUCCUACUGUAUAAAAAUGAAGUCAAAACAUCCCAUCAAAUAUCAUUUAGACAGAGUCUGCUCGGUAGAACUGCAGUAUAAAGGUCUGGACCAUAAACCCGUCAGACCAAAUCCCAAGCAGUGCUCCUGAUAGAAAGCACACUGGUACACACAGCUGUCAAUCAUGUCAUGAUGCCACGCCCCUUUUUAAAGCAUCAAAUAACAAAUUAAAACCCAAACUCAGACAAAUGAACCCUUAAACAAACAUCAGCAUGAUAAGAACCACCAAAAAUUACAAAAAAUGAUUUCUGGAAAAAAAUUGACGUGAAAUUUGAUUUUUUUAGUUUGACAUAUAUCCAAUCUGCUGAUGUGGAGGGGGCAGGGUUUAUGACCUCUGCUGCAUGUUGGUGAAGAUUUUUAGUCAUCCAGGUCAUGGUAAUCAUGAGUGUUAUAUCGUAGGCAACUGGACUUGCUUGAGUUUCUUGAAGAUGUUUCACCUCUCAUCCAAGAGGCCUAAGUUGGCAAGAGAAGACAAACGGUGUGAAAGAGCCAUAAAAGACGUCCUCCACAUCAAACUGGAAUGACCAUCUUUAAACAGAGGAGGUGGCCUACAACACCACUUACCAUCCACCUACAAUGCAGUGUUGGGAUCCCUUCCUAGAUGAUUUAACAUCCACUCACACCUGGACCCAUCUGACCCUAAUGACACACAAGAUGGCUCAACGACUCACAUGUGACCUUAACGACUCUGUAAGGGUUCACACCCGCACAGGGUUUAAAGCCUGCUCUGCACCAGACUGUUAGAACUGAGGAAGCGUCUUGGAUGAGAGGUGAAACGCCUUCAAGAAACUCAAGCAAGUCCAAUUGCCUAAGAUAUAACACUCAUGCUGCAGCCAGCCAGCCACCAGGGCUGCCUGGGCUCUCCUCCAGUGUUUCAGAGUCUGUUCAGGCUGAGGAGGCUAAGGUUUGGAGGUCCUGCUCUGGAGGAGCUAAAGAGAGGAGAUCUGUUUGGAGUCACUCAGCUGGAGGAGCUUACUGUGCACGCCAACAACCUGACGAGGUACGAGUCUGGUACUCUAGCAUACGUUUGGCCGUUGGGUUGUGUCACUUUGAGCCUCCACAGUCCAUUUCUAACAAACAUAUCCUUAGCCUCAGCUGUGCUCAGGGACGUGUCGUACCCCGAGACACCUCUCAUACUAGAGGACAUCCAUCUUAUUGGGAAUCUGUCUGUUCAGCCCUUCAGAGAGUCAGCCAGGAGGAGAAUCAGGAAAAUUACCUUCCACAACUUUAGGGUGUCCGAUGAGGCCAUUGUUAACCUACUGGAAGUGCUGGAUGGAGUGCCACUCACCGCCUUAAUCGUGGAUAAUGUCACGCUGACAGGCGAGGGCAGGUGGGAACGAGCCAGACGGUCCGAUCUUAAAAGCGUAGACGAGUUCUUCGUACGAAACACUGUGGUGCUGGACGUCUUUAAGUUUGUCUCGUUUCUGGAGCUGGGGUUUCUGCUGAAGUACCCCAGGAAGGUGUCUCUCAUAAACUCUCAGGUGUUUCUGAUGCCAUGUGCAACGUCCCGACUGCUGUUGAGCCUGCAGUACCUGGACCUGUCCGACAACCUGCUGACUGACAUGACUCUGGAGGAGUCGCUGUGCAAGGGAGACAGCUCGCUGAAGGACCUCCGAGUUUUAAACGUCAGCGGGAACUCUCUGAAGUCUCUGUCCGCAGUGAGCCAGCUGGUAACAAAGCUCUCCAAACUCACCCACCUGGACAUCAGCAGGAACGGAUACAUCUCCAUGCCUCCAGGCUGCUCCUGGCCCUCCACCCUGCGAUACCUCAACAUCUCUGGGGCUAAACUUGCAACCGUCACCCCGUGUCUUCCUGCAACUCUGGAGGUGUUGGAUCUAAGCAACAACAAUCUCAGAAGCUUCACCCUGGCCCUGCCCGCCCUGAGAGAGCUCCACCUCUCUGGGAACAAGAUACUGAGGCUGCCCCCUGGGCGGCUGUUCCCCAAUCUGCAAACACUGACAAUACAGUCAAACAUCUUGAACAUGUUCGCCCGGUCAGACCUCCAGUCGUACAGUCGACUGCAGGACCUCCAGGCGGGUCAGAACAAAUUCGUCUGCUCCUGUGACUUUGUCAGCUUCUUCCAGUCGGCCAUCAGCGGAGGUGGAGACAUGCAUUUAACAGACGGAGAGGAAAGCUACACCUGCGACUCUCCUUUCGAGUGGCAUGGGCAUCUGGUGGGUCAGGUCCACCCCUCUGUUGUUGAGUGCCACCGGGUUUUGUUUGUGUCCGUGAGCUGUGGGGUGGCGCUGUUUGUUGGGACCCUGCUGACUACUGUGCUGUGGCGCCUCCAUGCAUUCUGGUACCUCAAGAUGAUGUGGGCGUGGCUGAGGGCCAAGCGCAGCUCCCGGCGACGACGGCAACGCAGAGAUGAGGAGGGUUCAGAAGGGUUGCUAUCCUAUGACGCCUUUGUGUCCUACAGUGAGAGAGACGCCAGCUGGGUGGAAAACUUCUUGGUACCUGAACUGGAGGAGCCAAGUGAGAACGAUGGAGACUCUGUGAACCCCAGAACCCCCCGGCCUUUGACCCUGUGCCUCCACAAGCGGGACUUCCUUCCUGGACACUGGAUUGUGGACAACAUCAUAAGCGCCAUGGAGCGCAGCCGGCGGACCAUAUUUAUCCUCUCUGAGAAUUUUGUCCAGUCUGACUGGUGCCGCUACGAGCUGGACUUCUCCCACUUCCAGCUUUUUGAUGAGAAUGCCGCCGGAGACGCGGCCAUCUUGAUCCUGCUGGAACCGCUGUCCAAGGACGACAUCCCCAAACGCUUCUGCAAACUGCGCAAACUCAUGAGCUCCACCACCUAUCUGGAGUGGCCUCAGGACGAGGAGAGGAGCGGGGAGUUCUGGAGGAGUCUCCGCAACGCUUUGAGAGGAGAUGACGAGGAGGAUGACUGAGGGGGAAGACAAGGUGAGGGUGAGGAAGAGUUAACGCAAAAGGACAAGACAAAUGUGCAGUGAAGAAGAGAAAUAUUAAGGAGUAGGACUGCUUUAACAGGAAAGAUUAGAAGCCAUGGAGGAGUAAGACGGAGGAGAUGAGGUGUAAAAUAAGACUGUGGAGGAGGAGUAAACAAUGUAGAUGAAGAGAGGAAUGUCGCAGAUGAGAUGAAAUUUUUUUGCCAAAGUGGGCUGAAAGACAAAAACUUGCAGGGUCACAGUAUACAUCAUAUAAAGCUUGUUUUGUUUUGUCUCACAUCUCGUCCUCACACACCUUUGCAACGUUGGAAUCGAGGGAGAGCGUAUCUGAAAAUUUCUGUAACUUUCUGAAACCGACAUUCUGACUUUCACACCCACUUCAUUCUGAAAUGACCGGUUGUUUUUUUUCUCCUUUGUUUUUGUUAUCUGCAUUAAUCAGGACUUUUUGGUUUCUUACAACCUUCGAAGAUUCAAGGGUGUUAUCGUAUCAAGUGAUAUUUGCAAGAGUUUGUCAGUUUGUUUAAUUAUAAUAGAAAAAUAAAAGGUGGUGAUAACUCCUAAAACAA